CCCUGUGCCCUACUGGUGCCAGGGGAUGCCGGGAUGCCGGUGCCCACGUGCCCUCAGCGCCCUGCCCUGAGCCCGGAGCCCGGCUGUGCCAUGGAGGAUCCGCCCGGCACCAGGACCGAGGCGUGGGCCGAGGGGCUCCAUAACGCCAACAACAACGCCUCCCCUGGGGGGUGGCCUGGUUCCCGUGGUGGGCACCCCCUGGCAGCUUUUGGGGGUCCCGGAGCCAAACCCAGCUACCUGGACCGCGUGGUGCAGGAGAUCGUGGAGUCAGAGCGCACCUACGCCCGUGACCUGCGCAGCAUCGUAGAGGGUUACCUGGGCAAGAUCAUCGACGCAGAGGAGCCGGUGCUGCGACCGGAGCAGGUCAGCGCGCUCUUCGGGAACAUCGAGGACAUCUACGAGCUCAGCAGCACCCUCCUGCAAAACCUGGAGAGCUGUGCCAAUGACCCCGUGGCUGUGGCCGUGUGCUUUGUCACCCGGAGCCAGGAAUUUGCUAUCUACACCCAGUACUGCAAUAACUACCCCAGCUCGGUGGCAGCACUGACCGAGUGCAUGAGGAGCAAGGUCCAGGCACGGUUCCUGCGGGAAUGCCAGGAGCGGCUGCGCCAUGCGUUGCCCCUUGGCGCCUACCUGCUAAAGCCUGUCCAGAGGAUCCUCAAGUACCACCUACUGCUCCAGGAGAUCGCCAGGCACUUCGAGCACAAGGUGGGGGACGACUAUGAGCUGGUGCUGGAGGCCAUUGACACCAUGACCUGCGUGGCCUGGUACAUCAAUGACAUGAAGCGCAAGCACGAGCACGCCAUCCGCCAGCAGGAGAUCCAGUCGCUGCUGCUGGGCUGGAAGGGGCCAGACCUGACAAGCUACGGGGAGCUGGUGCUGGAGGGCACAUUUCGGACACAGCGGGUGCGCCACGACCGUGCCCUCUUCCUCUUCGACAAGGCCCUGCUCAUCACCAAGCGCCGUGGUGACCACUAUGUCUACAAGAGCCACAUCCCGUGCUCCUCGCUGAUGCUGAUUGAGAGCACACGGGACUCGCUGUGCUUCAGCCUGGCACACUACAAGCACGGCAAGCAGCAGUACAGCCUGCAGGCCAAGAGCGUGGAGGAGAAGCGCGUGUGGACUCACCACAUCAAGCGCCUCAUCCUGGAGAACCACCACGCCACCAUCCCCCAAAAGGCUAAGGAAGCCAUCCUGGAGAUGGACCUGUUCUACCCCCCACGCCUGCCCCGCUGCAGCCCCGAGCGCCUGAAGAAGAGCUGGUCCUGCCAGCCCCUGGGUGACACUGCCACCGAGCCACUCCAGGGACGCCGGCAGUCUGAGCCCUUCCAGCACCAGGGGCACACGGAGACGCUGCUGGAGCGGCUGCAAGGACACGGGGGGCGCAGGCAGUCGGGUGUGAACAGCGGAUGGGAUCAGGGGGCUCGGGAUGCUGAUGAGUUGGGGGACACGGGGGUGAUGCCACUGUCACUUCCCCUGCCCCCAGAGCCCACCAAGCACAACCUGUGGCACCUGGGCGAGCAAGGUGAGCCAGCACAACUCCGACACCGGU